GAUGAAAAAGAUGACAGUGGCCGCGAGCGCGUAGCUAAUGUAAGCUGAGCGGCUGAAUGAAGGCUAAUUUUGGACCCUGAUCGAGGUUAUCAAUCACAAACAGAGUUUCAGAUAUUUUUACUCUGAUAGCUGUUUCUGAAUUUAACUCUUUGAUCUGUUCGAGCUAGGAAUUAGAAGUCGGUUGAAAAUGGGGGAGGAUCUAAGAUUCGACGGCCGCGUUGCACUUGUUACAGGGGCAGGAGGUGGUCUUGGGAAAGAAUAUGCUCUCCUUCUUGCUGCAAGGGGGGCCUCGGUCGUGGUCAACGACCUUGGAGGGGACAGAGCCGGUCAAGGAAAGAGUGCGAUGGCUGCUGAUCAAGUCGUGAAUGAAAUCAGAUCAAAAGGAGGAAAGGCUGUUCCCAAUUAUGAUUCAGUUGAGGACGGAGAUAAGCUUGUGCAAACUGCCCUUGAUAACUAUGGAAGGAUCGAUAUCGUUAUCAACAAUGCUGGCAUUCUCAGAGAUCGCUCAUUUGCAAGGAUCAGUGAUGUUGACUGGGAUCUGAUUCAGAGAGUUCAUCUACGAGGUUCAUUUCUUGUUACCAGGGCAGCGUGGCCUCACAUGAAGAAACAGAAGUAUGGUCGCAUCAUUAUGACAUCAUCAGCUUCAGGUCUCUAUGGAAACUUCGGACAAGCAAACUAUAGUGCAGCCAAACUUGGCUUGGUUGGACUGAGUAAUACGCUGUCAAGAGAGGGCGCCAAAUACAACAUCUUCUGCAAUACCAUCGCCCCAGUGGCAGCUUCGAGACUCACCCAAGACAUCAUGCCACCAGAUAUAUUGGAGAAGUUGAAGCCUGACUACGUGGCUCCUAUGGUAGCCUACCUCGGUCAUGAAGAUUGUAAAUCAACUGGAGGGAUCUAUGAAUGUGGAGCAGGAUGGGCAGCUAAAUUACGAUGGCAGAGGACAGCAGGUGCUAAUUGUCUGAAGCCUAAUCAGCCAUAUACAAUUGAACAGGUUCGUGACAACUGGGAAGAGAUCUGUAAUUUUGAUGGGAAGGUCACUUAUCCAUCAAGCUCGCAAGACUCCACGAUGUUAAUGUUGGAGAGUUUCAAUGCAGGAUCUUCUGAUGAGGAAUCCCCAGCUAGCUCCAGUAGUGAUACAGGUGGAGAUGGUGAUGAUGAUGGUGGGUUCAAUCCGUCAAAAGCGAUUGGGUUCGAGAUGCAGUCUCUGGAUUUUGAAUACACAUCCAGAGAUGUCAUUCUCUAUGCCCUUGGAGUUGGUGUAUCAACCACCCAGCCAGACUACCUUAAGUUCCUGUUUGAGUUGAACGAAGAUUUCUGUGUACUGCCUACAUUUGGAGUAAUCCCAGCAUUUGCUGGACUAUCAAACCUAACCUCCGUCCCAGGAUUACAGACCAUCGAUGUGACAAGGAUCCUCCAUGGUGAGCAAUAUUUAGAACUCAAGAAACCAUUGAGUGCGUCCAUGAAACUCACCAACAAACCGAUGGUGGUGGACAUCGUGGACAAGAAGUCUGGCGCCCUCAUCAUCACAAAUGUGAACUCCUACGAUGAUAACGGUGAGCUGGUCGUCGUCAAUCAGAACGUGGUUUUUCUAGUUGGAGCCGGAGGUUUUGGAGGAAAACGAUCCUCUCCUCACCUCAAGGAAACUGUGAAAGCACCAUCCCGUGAACCCGAUGCCUCUAUGAAAGAGAAGACGUCUGUAGAUCAGGCCGCCCUCUACAGGCUUAGCGGAGAUUACAAUCCUCUUCAUAUUGAUCCGUCCUUUGCUGCUAUGGGAGGAUUCAAGCAGCCGAUUCUUCAUGGACUCUGCUCAUUCGGCUUUGCCUGUAGGCAUGUCUUGAAGCAGUAUGCCAAUAAUGAUGUGACCAAGUUUAAAUCAAUCAAGGUUCGUUUCUCUAAGCCCGUUCUCCCUGGUCAGACCAUACAGACCGAUAUGUGGCAGGAAGGUAGCAGAAUCCAUUUCCAGAGUAAGGUUGCCGAGACUGGAGCUGUGUGUAUAUCCGGAGCUUACGUGGAUCUGCAUGGUGGAGCUGAGCUGACAAAUGCUGCAGGAAAUCAGCCUCCCUCGCCCGGUCUGAAGUCCGAGAUGGUUCUCUCUGCAGCCAAUGAGAUCGUCAGCAGCUCUCCUGACCUCGUUAAGAAGGUCAACGGUGUCAUCCAGUUCAACAUCACAUCCAACGGAAAGGUCGCUGCCGUGUGGACCUUUGAUCUGAAGGGCACGGGUGCAGUCUACCAAGGAGAACCAAAGUCUGGCAAGGCCAAUGCUACCGUUACUGUAUCUGAUGACGACUUUGUGGCCCUAGCUUCUGGAGCACUUCAACCACAGACGGCGUUCUUGUCCGGCAAGAUCAAGAUUAAAGGUCAGAUCAUGCUUCUCCAAAAGCUUCUUCCGUUGUUCCAGAGCUUCGUGAAGGGCAAGCUAUAAACCCAACUCUCACAUGCCAUAAUUAUUACGUAGGCCUGCUUCAUAAAAUUUCUCGUCAGUCAUUUUUAGAUACAAAUUUUCCCCCAACCAUAUGCAUUGGUUUUGUCAGCAUAUAACACUAGUCAGUAAAAAUCACAAGCACAAGUUGUUCCCUGAAAUGCACCAUACUUUCUCAUAUGUCAUGUGGCAUUAGCCGCAUUUCUUAAAAACAAUUUGUUGUUGAUUUUCAGUGGCAGAGUUGCCUUCAGACAAUCAGAAGCUUGAUUUUGAACAGCUUUAAUAAUGGUUGUCUUUCAAAAUAGCUGACAAGAUGUUCCCUGAGAUCGGCCCUGCAUUCACACAUGAUGUGAUACAUGUAACUAGGGGUCUGUUUAAAGCUUUUUAUCAACCAAAAAAAUGUGUGAAAUUCUAUGGCAAAUUUUUCUCAUGACAAAUCAGGUUUGCAGGAAUACAAUAGUACAUGUUAAAUGUGAUUGAUGAGAGAUAUUAUGAAACAAUAGACUGUAUCAUGGUUUGUUCUUAUCAUUCCAACACAGUGUCUUUUGACUUUUUGAUAAAAAGAAACAACCAAAUCAGAUCAGUAGCGACACUGAUGGGGCCUUGCAAGAAAUUUAUAAUCAGUUGCAAAUCUAUUUGGGGUCUCUAAAUCAAUCGUAUUUCUUACGACUGAGUGCUAAUUAAUUGAUGAUCUUGUGCUUCUGGCAACAAGGAGUGUACACUGGUUUCCAAAAAUAUGAAAAUAGAUCUAUCAGUGGCAAGAGAAAUUUGAAAUCAAUUGCAAAUAUUUUCUUGCAACACCUCUCCUAAGAGUGGUCUUAAUUCUUCUCCUAGGCACACAUAAAUGAGGUCAAUCUUAAUGUAACGAUUAAACUGAAUCAGUAGGAACUCCUCCGUUUUCAUGCUCAGAUUUCCAAAGGGUCCGCUGAUCUUGGACCGGUUGCAGAAAGAGUGGCAAUCAAUCACAAAUCAAAAGAGUUGAACACAACUAGCUUUUCAACCAAUCAGAAGCAUGUAUUCUCGCUACCCCAAAUAGCGAUUUCGCCGAGAUCCGGGACAAAUCCCUGUAACGUGCAUUGCAUUAUGGGAUAGCUUUUCGGUAUUACAACUUCCUGUUCGGAAGUCCAAUGCACUGUUUUGCCAUUCAGAUCAACAGUGCCGUCAUGCACAACAACACAACGUCGCUUUCGCUCGGAAAGUUCGUGAUCACAACCCUCUCUUUCACGAUACAGUUUAACGGCCUUUUCUGCUAAAGUCACUAAUUCUGCCCGACGCUUUCCAUUGCACGGUAUUCCUCUGUCAGUUAAGAUUUUUUUAAGUUCCAAAACUGAUUUUUUUAUCCAUUUUGUGGUCGACGAAAAAUUGAACGGAAUGAAUGCUGUUUAUAUUUAGCGUCUAGUCAAAUACGAUCGUGAUGUCAGGCCGGUCGCUAAAUGCAAAAUAUUGUAAGAUAUUCAUUUUUUGGACUUUUUUAUAACCAGAUAAAAACAUGAAUAAAAAUUAUUUUCACGUGAAAUAUAUUUUUCAUUUUUAUUUAUAAUUCAAAUGGAAUCAAAACUGAACAAAAUUAAAUAAAAAGUAUUAUAAUCUGUACAUAUUACGCUGAUUGGCAUCGAUUUCAGCGUGGUGGAAACUCAGUAUCGCGAACCUCGCGCGAGCAUUACUUUGAACCGGAAGUGGUGAUGACGACCCGACGGAGAGAAAAUUAUCUUGUCUCGCGCAUUAUGAGAUUUUUGUUCCUACAUGUAUUUGGGGUAGCGAGAAUUGAGAACUUGUGACUGAUUUUUUUUUAAAUUGUGUUUGAAGACAACACUUUUUGCAGCAGACCCCAGAUACAUUGUAAAUGUGGUCCUUGUGUAUUAAAGGAAUUUUGAAAUAUAAAUGUAAAUGUGGUUUAUAAUAAUAUAUUUGUAAUUGAUGUUUAAUCGACAAAGAAUGUAUUGUGGUUUCAAGCAUGAAUAUUGCAAUUUAGAGUGUAUUGGAGAAAAUGGUUGAAUGCUUGAUCUUGAAGAUGUCCAUUAAUUUUGUUUAAAAAAAAGAAGAAGUAUCAAGUGGACCAUUUCUAUAAUUACAGCAUAUAGUUUAUUCCGAUUUAUUAGGUUGACCAAGACUGUCUUUGAAAACUGUGUUCUCAUUGAACAAGAUAGAAAUUAUUUUUUUUUGGUGUGUGAGACAUUAAAAGCAUUUGUAAUAGCUACAAAUCUCUAUUGAAUAAAAAUUUAUAAUUUUCAGUAAAAUCAUGCCAUUUUCAAUCUUGAUGGUUAAGGAUUUAUGUCAAGACAAAUUUGGUUCUCAGGAAUGAUUUAUUCAUAUAUUUCUCGGAAAACAUGUACUGUACAUAUGGAUGGAAAAAAAAAAAUAUUUAAAGUGUUGAGCUAUCUUUUGAGAACAUCCAUUGAUUAAAUAAAGAUGUAAUAAAAGAGACUUGAUUAGUAAUGCACCAUUAAUGUACUAUGAUUAUUCAUAGGGGCAACACAGUGACAAAGCAUUGUUAUUAUUACAAAUUAGUUUGACUGUUUGUAAGGAUUCCAACUCUAUUUGUGGCCUUAAUACCCAUGAUUGUACAUGUAUGUAUUUGUUAAUGUAUUAAAACAAAAAGAUAUGGGAAAAAUGACACUGUCACUUUUAAGGAUACAAAUUAGAGAGACUUUGGAGUGAAUGUAGAUUGAAAUUUCAAUCCUUCUUUGAGUGAUCCUUCCCAAUGCUCUUCGAAUAACUGAUAUAAUAAUGAUAUAAACACUGCCACUCUAGAGAAAUUCAUUUAGAAUUAAAAAUAGAGUGAGCAUGUUUACACCUUUAAAAAAAUGAGACAAAAAUUUAGAAAUUGAGGCGAUUCCAUCCAGCCAGAAGCCUGGGGGCCAGAGGUCAUUUCACUGAUGCCAGUUAUGGAUGAAUAUUAGCUGCCAUAAAUUGGGUCCAGAAUUUCCUUUUUAGAGUCAGUAAAAUUGAGACACCCUCUCCUGGCCAUUUCCUCCAGUUAAAAGUCUUUGAGCUUGUUCAUUGAGGCUAGAUUUGAUGAACUACAAUGUUGAGUAAUUAUCAUAAAUUGGGUUCAGAAACACGUUUAAGAGUGAACAUGAUCAGUCCUUUUCAGAGAUAGAGAGGGUAACAUUGAGGCACCCUGUAUUGGCAUCUCUAUCCAGCCAAGAGUCACUGAAGUUUUUAUUAACUACAGUAUUUUUUUAUACCAUAAAUUGUGUCCUGAAAAGGGUUAAGAAAGAAAAUUGUCAUUUCUUUUUAGAAAGAGUAAUAUUGAGUCACCCUGUACUUGCAAUUCCCUCCAGCUAAAAGUUCAUGUUCACUCUUAAAAACGUGUCAAGAGUGAACAUGAUCACUCCUUUUCAGAGAGAGAAAAAUGAGGCACCCUGUCAUGUUUGUGAUGUGGCAAAUAAGUACAUGUUUUAUUUUUUUCGUACCAAGGUUGGAUCCCCCUGUAAUGACCAAUUACUGAUUUCUUUGAGAAUACUAUGUGUCGUGGCCAAUUUUACUUUUAUGGAUUUCAUAAGGCCCCUGUCACACCAUAGUCAAACUCUGCCUUCCAUAGAAACCAUCUGAGAAACCAGUGCAUACCUUUGUUUGGUUUCUAAUCACUUGGGCAGAAGUUGGGCUGGUAUUCAAUCAAAAGCAUUGAUUUUGUAAGCAUUUUACUUAGCAUUUUACUUGAAAUGCUUAAGCUCGUAUUCAGAUCACAUCCAAGCAUUUUACUAUAUCAAGCAAAAUUUUAGCAAAAUACUUACUAAUAGCCAUUGUGACGUCGUUAAGUUUGAGCCAAAUGGUGCGCAAUGUUUGUAUUUAUCUGUUUGCCGAAUGUACGACUGUGCGUAUCACGUUUGUAAACUGCAUGCAAAAUUUAAGCCAGGUAGGUGGCUGACUUAGAUUUAAGCAGAAUACUUAGCCACAAAUGCAAUUGAAUACCAAAAGAUGGUCAAGUAUUUUACUUAAGCAAAAUUCUGAGCGAAACACUUAAAAUCCUGGCUUAAGUAUCGGAUACCGGCCUUGGUCUACAAGAAAUUAGUCUGCUUCUCAGAUAGUCCAAAGACACAUGGGCUUAACCCACUUGGUCUACACAAUAAGACCAAAGUACCAGUAGGUCUAGUAUCAAUUUGGUCUAAUUGUUGUUUGGUCUUAACUUCACUUGGUCUAAUACCCAUUUAGUCUAAAGAAUUUGUCAUUAAUAAUGAUAUCUGGAUUUACAUAGCACUUUUUGCCAGAGGAUACAAAAACUAUUAUUACCCGGGCUUCAGCUCAAGCUACACCUUUAUCAGCGUUGCUCGGUGCAUUAGAAAAAUUGAUCCUACCAAGCACCCAUUAACCUCACCUGGGUUAAGUACAGCACAGUGUGGAUACAUUUUGUGCUGAAGAAAAUUACACCUUGAUUAGGAUUUGAACCCUCGGCCCUCCGUUUUAAGGUCAGGAGACCACUCUGCCAAAACGCUCAUUUGUUCUAAUCUCCAGAUGGUCCAUUUUUCUCUUCAUGCACUUUUAUUUGGAACUUUCUUACUAGGUGAUAGUUUGUUUCAUAAGCACUUCGCCGUUUAGACUAAAUUAGUGAUGUUAGACCAAGUGGAUCUUAUACGAAAUGGUAAAUGGGCUAAAUUAUAAUUAGACCAAAUGGUUAUUAGACAAACUAGGAUCAAACCAUAUAGGAAUUUACAAACAAUAUUGGACAACAUUGUGUGACAGGCCAGUCGUAACACUUUUAUCGUAUUUUGUAUGCAUAAAAUGCUUCAUGGGAUAGAUUUUAUAUUGAUAUAUUGUGAUUUGAUAAUGAAAUACAUUAUGAAUGAUAUAAAAGAAUGUGUGUUUGUGUUAAUAA